CAUACUUUCUUUCACAUUUCAGUCCAGAAGUAUGAAAAGCUUCUUUUUUUCCCAUUUUUUUAUUUUCAAACAAGAAACCCUCAUGUUGUUUGUACAGCGCUGUCAGGUACUUGCUGUGACAUUGCUUAAAUUCAUGGCUCUCUUCUUGGAUUUCACGGAGUCAUUAAUUCAGGUGCCAUUUUGCCACCCAACCCCCUUGUGUGGGUGCUGGAGCUGUCAGCAGUACUGAACCAACUUCAAGACGUGCAACCAGACCUGUACUUGUUUAUGUGGAUUAAACAGCGUUUGGAAUCUUUGUGAACCUUUGCCAGGGAAAUUGCUUGAUAGGAAAUCAAGAAGCAAAGAGAUAACAGAAACAGAGAGAAAUAUAACUGCAUUAGUCUGCCAGGGCUGGUGAGCAAGCAUUCAUAUUCAGCAUUUUAAAAUGAUCAUACCGGCUGAGUAAAUGAGUUUCAUGUGCAUAUUACAUUGGUCCUGGGUUUACCACACCUUUUUAUGAAGACAGACAGGGACUCAAGACAUCCAUUCAAUUCACAGAACAGGAUUGUUACAGCGUGCUCUACUGCAGGUGUGGGGCUAUGCUGCCUUUCAUUUAGCUUCCCGAGAGAAAAGGAGGCAGAACAACGUCUAAUAUAACUGAACAAUACACAUCAGAUGUCAAAUAAGGAGACUGCUGCAUUAGCACUUAGGUUUUUUUCCUUUGUGGAUAUUUAUUAUUUGAAAGCACAUGUGCUAAAUACAGCUUGAACUGGAUAGGGGAUUUUCCUGCAUCACAGCACUGCUACGUUAUUUACAGUUUUAUGAUUUCUAUGUAAAACAAUAACAUACCGGUAACAUUUAAAUUAUCUUUUGCUGAUCCUGUUUAUGUUAGCUACUAUUUUCUCUCAAGAUUUUGGGAAGAUUAAACAGUUUGGAGUCUGGAAAUUACACUGGGUCUAAAGUAUGAUGCGGAGUUAAAACUCAUUUCAGCUCCCUGGACCUACAUCGCAUGGCAAUAGGAACCUAAAAAGCAGGCAAACAUUUUUGGAUUCUUGAUGUCGCCUGAUUGUUUCUUUAAAAGGAAACCUUUGUGUUUUUGCAUGAGAAGGGCCUGUUACAGCAAUUCCCGAGUAAUAAGGAUGAAUAAAAGAUAUCUGCAGAAAGCAAUUAAAGGAAAAUUACUUAUAAUAAUAUUUAUUGUAACUCUGUGGGCGAAGUUGGCAUUCGGUGUAAUUCAUCACAAAGCUCAGCAUGUUAGAACUGGAACUUGUGAAGUUGUGGCCCUACACAGAUGUUGCAAUAAAAAUAAGAUAGAAGAAAGGUCCCAAACAGUUAAGUGCUCAUGUUUCCCAGGACAAGUGGCAGGGACCACAAGGGCAACUCCUUCUUGUGUGGAUGUAUCAAUUGUCGAGCAGAAAUGGUGGUGCCAUAUGCAGCCGUGUCUUGAAGGUGAAGAAUGCAAAGUCCUUCCAGAUCAGAAAGGCUGGAGUUGUGCCUCAGGGAAUAAAGUGAAAACAACAAAGGUAACACGGUAGCUAUUGACAAGCGAGAAUCCUGGACUGAGAUUGGACAGCAAUGAAAGAUUUUAAAAAAAACAUUCUGGAAUGCUUGAAUUCAAUUUCAAAAUGCAGAUUUUUUUCAGAAUGACUUCUCAAGGGAUCAGGUUUUGAUACAACAAUGAAAGCACAAUUGCCACCAAAUAAUUUCCCAUGUUGAAUACUGUGCACCCAGGACUGCUCUAGUCAUCUGAGCAAAAUAAGCAGAGGAAAUGUGUUUAUAAUUCAAAGAAAGCAAAGUUGAAAUAGAAGACGCCUUCAUCUGGAUACUUUUUUUUUCUUCAGUACUAAUGCAGCUGCCUAUACAUCAAUUGUACUAUUUUGUAGAAGAUUUCCUCCAGCAUGACUGAGUAAACCAAUUUGUUUGUUGCUUAACUGAGUUAUGUAAGACUUUGUGUUCAUUAUGAGUAUAAAUAUAUCUAGGUAUAAUGACAUUCAUUUGCAGUAGGGAAUCGGUUCUUCUGUCAGCUGGGGGAUUGUGAUCUGAAUACAGAAUUUGUAUUUCCUUUGCAUCAAAUUACCCAAUUAUAUGGAAAGGUUUCAUUUUUUAAAAUCUAUUUUAGAUGCAUUUUCUUCACUUUUGAUAGAUGUUACAUGGUCCAAGCCUUUAACAAGAUUGAAAAUCAUUGGUUUUGGAUAUAGGUUGGUUUCCUGCAGCCAUUUAAAACAGGAAAAUAUGGAUUGUGGUUUUAGAAAAUGUUUUUUUCAUAAGAGCAUUCCAUAUGCUCAAUGACAGCUUCAAAUGUCUGUUUAAAGUAAAAGGAGUUUCCAAAUAAGAAACUCAGACUUCAAUCAACAAUAUUAUAUUGACAAAUGUGUUAUCCAGUAUAUCUAUGUUUUAUGCUUUAGCUGAUCGAUUUUGGCUGUACUGCAGUAUAACUAGAUGUUUCAACUUUUUAGAACAUAAUACUAUUAGUUGCUUACAGAUGCAGGUAGCGUUACACAAUGAAGCUGGAUCAUUAACCUUGACCUAUGUGAUGGAUUUUAUAUUGCUUUGUACUUGUCAGUGGCUAGUACAUUUACUGUGUCAAAGAAUGUGCAUCCCUUUGUGAAGCUCAUGGCCAUGCUAACUUCAAGCAAAAGGAAUUAGGAUUACAAAUCAAUUGUUAUAUUUAAGAACCUCAACAGAAUAAUGUAAUAAAAAUGAACAUACAUUUUUUUAAACUAAACCCAAAAAAUGAAUAUGGCUAGAAUGCCUU